GCGAGCGAAAGCGACAGGAGAGAAGGAGAAGAAGAAGAAGAAGAGGCGGACGCCAGCCCACUCUCCAUUCCAGUAUUUCCACUCCUUCUUCCUCCUCGUCCUUCCUCUUCCGCGCCUCCUUGAUUCCGCAUGCUGCGCGGGACGCGACCGUGAGCGACGAUUGGAGCAAUUCCGAUUUGGUUUAGUUCGGUUUCCCCCCGAUUUUGGUUUGAUUUGGUUGAUCGGCCAUGACGACGACGACGACGGCAGCGGCGACAACGGCGACGUCGUCGCCGAUGGUGCUGUCGCUGCUCCUCUUCGCGUCGCUCACGGCGCUGCUGGUGCUCGCCCCGCGCGUGCAGCAGCCGCUGGCGCCGAGGCCCUUGCUCGGGGGCGAGCAAGCGCCCCCCGCCGCGGAGGGGAGCUACGCCGCUGAUCUGGACACCGGCGCCGUGGGAGCGGAGGAGGACGGCGCGGACGACCUGGCGCUGUUCCGCCGCGUCACUCUCGACUCCGGCGAGGGCGCUACCGCGGCGGCGGGGGCGGCGCCCAAGGUGGCGUUCCUGUUCCUCACCAACUCCGACCUCACCUUCGCGCCGCUCUGGGAGCGCUUCUUCUCCGGCCACGGGAGCCUCCUCAACGUCUACGUCCACGCCGACCCGGCCUCCCGCCUCCGCCUUCCCCCGACGCCCUCCUUCCGCGGCCGCUUCGUCGCCGCCAAGCCGACCCGCCGCGGGGACCCGAGCCUCAUCGCCGCGGCGCGCCGCCUCCUCGCCGCCGCCCUCCUCGACGACCCGGCCAACGCCUACUUCGCGCUCCUCUCCCAGCACUGCGUCCCGCUCCACUCCUUCCCCUACCUCCACGCAACCCUCUUCCCCGCUACCGCCGCGCACCACCACCGCCUGCCGAGCUACAUCGAGGUGCUCGCCGACGAGCCCCAGAUGCUCGGCCGCUACGAGGCGCGCGGCGGCGAGGGCGCCAUGCUCCCGGAGGUGCCCUUCGCCCGGUUCCGGAUCGGGUCCCAGUUCUUCACCCUGGCCCGCCGCCACGCCGUGCUCGUCGUCCGGGAGCGCCGGCUUUGGCGCAAGUUCAGGGAGCCAUGCCUCCCGGAGUCGAGGCUCCACUCGUGCUACCCGGAGGAGCACUACUUCCCCACGCUGCUCGACAUGGCCGACCCGGCCGGCGUCGCGAGGUACACGCUGACCAGAGUCAACUGGACCGGCAGCUUCGAGGGACACCCGCACAGGUACGCCGCGCCGGAGGUGACGCCGCGGCUCGUCGCCGAGCUCCGGAGGUCUAAUGGCUCGGAUUACGAGCACAUGUUCGCCCGCAAGUUCGCGCCCGACUGCCUCGGCCCGCUCCUGGCCAUGGCCGACUCCGUCAUCUUCAAAGAUUGAGUGGCGCCGGUCCGUAGCUCCCUCUGCAACUACAGAGGUGGGAUCGAUUCGGAAAGUGUCUUUUCCCCUUGGCAUCUCUAGACAGUUCAGACUCUUCUAAUAAGUUCUCUCUCCCCGGGUCACCUACUCCCCUGUUCUCUCUCCCUGAGUACUUUUCUCUAGUCUUAGUUAGAGGUCUGGAAAAAGAAAGAAAAGGCGAUCGAUGGCAUGGCCAGCAGCCUAAUGCGAAGCGGCAGGUGCUGAGCUGCAUGCAUCCGGUCGACGGUCCAGAUCAACCUACCCAUCCGUCCAUCCAGACAUGUACUUUUUACUGCCACGUAGAGCUCAGCUGCCGGUAAUAAGGUUAAGCUCCUGGCCGAAUUACAUGAAGCGAUGGAUGAUGAUGAUGAUGCCUGUUGUUUUCUUCAGUUGGAAACUUGGAAUUGUACAGUGUGCUAGUUCUACUUCGACGCCUUGUGUUGUUGUGUACAUAGAAGCCAUGGCAUUGGCAAGGCUGCAAUAAUCAAAUCCGCAUGCAAAUUAAGUCUU